AUGAAGGCUCACCUCAACUGCGAGGCCCGGGCCCCUGCAGAGCGAGGUUCGGCUCGUGUUUCCACCCUGCCACUCCAAGCUCAGUUGCGCCAUUACAGAAAUACCUUGAGGAGCACCUACUGGAUCGUGGUCUCCAACAUAACAGCAGGCAUCUACCCAGUGGAAUUCCACCUGGGGCUCUGGUUCCAUAUGCCCUGCUGUCUGCUCUCCUCUACUGCAGAGCUGGAUGACGCUAUGAUGAAUGGACAAGGGCUAAUACGCGUGCACGAUGAUAUCGGCACGACAUCGACUUCAUCACAAGCCCACAAAGAAGAUGCCAUACUGGGCGGGGGAGCUAAGUGUGCAGAAUGUGAGCUGUGAACUGUGUAGCAUGCAGAGGAGUGCAACGGCAGGAGCUUUCAUCUCCUUUGUAUCUCCCAGUGGCCUGCAGAAAAGCUUUUGAGCAUGACAGUAGCAGCUUAUGAGAUCUACUGCAAAACAUGCUAUGGGAAAAAGUAUGGCCCCAAAGGUUACGGGUACAGACAAGGGGCUGGGGCACUGAACUUGGACCUCCCUGUGAAGAACCAAGAACCUGGACAUCCAGCCACAAGAAUCCAAGCCUCAUCUCCAUCAACCAACUCCAACCCCAGCAAAUUUGUGCAGAAGUUUAGUGGGUCAGACUGUUGCCCCCAGUAUUUCAAGGCUGUCUGUGCAGCUGAGAAAGUCAAGGGAGCUGGGAGGCCCUGGCACAAGACCUGUUUCCGCUGUGCCCCCUGUGGAAAGAGCCUGAAAUCCACAACUGUCACAGACAAAGAUGGGGGGCUCUAGUGCAAAGUUUGUUAUGCCAAAAAAUUUGGACCCAAAGGAAUGGGUUUGGGGAAUCUGGAGGAGAAGGCCUGA